UCCCUUCCUCUCCCUCAACUCCUUCGGGGCUGUGCCCUUUCCGUCUCCUCCUCUAGAGACCCCAAUAGACGCCCCCCUUCUCGCCAGCCCCCUCCCCAAAAGAACCCCACCCAUCCAAGACCUCCUAGCCCCAGGCCCGGCGGGUGGAGGUCCCUGCCUGGCUUCUCACCCCUCUCCCCCUUCCCAUCACCCGUAGCGUCUCCCCCUGCAGCUCCCACCCCAGGCUCUGAAGCCAGGAAACCCAAGAGGAAAUGACUGAGCCCGUCUGGGUCCCCGCCCGCCCGCCCGCAGGCGCUCUCCUGGCCACACCCUCCGCCUGCUCGCAGCCGCCGCUGCCCUCUCUCCACGAGGCUGCCGGCUCCGACCCCCAGCUCGGACGUAAGUCUCUCCGCCGACCCUCCUCCACCUUCUCCACUCUGCCCAGGCCGGGGCCCAGAUGUCGCCCUCCGGCCGCCUGUAUCUCCUCACCAUUGUGGGCCUGAUUCUCCCCACCAGAGGACAGACACCCGAGGAGGCCACAUCCAUUUCUCUAGCAGACUCAACCACUGUGAACAUUCAUGCCCUGACUCAAACCUCAGACGCAGUUCCUCCAGAACUCCAGCCCACCCCUCAGACUUCAACCCUGCAGGCUGGUGUAGAAACACCAACCCAGACGCAGCAACUGAAGGGAGAGACUGUGCUUCUAACCACAGACCCGGGGACGGAUGAGAGCAGCACGGAAGGCACCACACUCUCCAAGCAGUCUCCAGACAAAGACUUCGCAACAGACCCUGCCCGCAGGCCUACUGAUUCAAGUGAGGACGAUCCCUUUUCCUAUGAUAAUUACACUCUCCGGAAACAUGGGCUGUUGGUCGCAGCUGUGCUGUUCAUCACAGGCAUUGUGAUCCUCACCAGUGGCAAGUGUAGGCAGUUGCCCCGAUUAUGCCGGAAUCAUAACAGAGCCUACAGAGUCACAAAAGCCCAGCCUGAGAGGGAAGACCCAGAUGGAGCCAGAGCCAGGACCGAUGGCCUGAACCCCCUACCUUCCCAACCCUGCCUGCCCUGAGGGCUGUCCAGCUCCCCAGGCACUGCCCUCACGUUGACCAUUCUGUCAGAAAAAAAGUAAAGCACUGCAAUCCUUGUCUGUCAA